CUUCUUCGUCUUCAGCUCAACAGCUAUAACGCGUAUUUCCACAGUUCUAACUACAGUAAAGGAUGCUGAAUGGCACUUUUCACGGAAUAUAUCUUAAUUAUUCAAUUUUUAAAAGAAGUAACGAUUUUAAUGCAAAUAUGGAACAUACGUCAACUGACUUAACCGUUUAAUAAUAGGCUAAUAGUCCAAUUUUUCGAAGUUAUAAUAUUAUAAUAUCAUUCGCCUCUUGUUUUUAUGCAUUUUAUAAUUUGGACUAAUUUAGCUACAUAGCGUAUAUUAUUUUAAAUGUUAAAUAUUCAUAUUUAUGAAUAUUAUGAAUGGUAGUUGUGUUGCUUGAAGGUUAUUUAUUUAAAAAAAUUGACGUAACAUUUUAUAAUGAAGUAGCCUAUAAAAUAAUAUUUUUUAUAUUAUUUUAUAUUAAAUCAUUAUUGAAUUAGCCAAACUUCCUGCUCUGUUCAAUCAGCCAACUGAAUAGUGACAAGUGUCAUGGGUUUGAAGACAAGUGUUGAUUUAGUCAGUGUAGGCUAUUUGAACUUUAGACUUUAUCAAGGGGAGGGUUUGUAUGUCGGAAAUGGACACUGAGGAAAAACACACUUGAAUAGUUUCGGUUAGCAUUUUCUGAUUCCCGGAAAAGAAAACUUGUCGUUUAACUAAGCGUUCAAAGUUUGCAAAGCCCUAUAAACCUAUUUGGUUUAACUGUAGACAGCUUUAUUCAGAGGGACGAGAGAAGACCAGCCUACUUGAAGAGCUGUAUGCGGACAACAGGUGACGGCAUCUGAUGAACACCUGAAAUACAGAUUUGAACAUUUACAGCCGAGAAGUGGAUACAAGGAAGAUGUUUUUCUCUGGUUAUAUAAGGCUCUUCAGUUAGGAUCUUAUCUAAAUAGCUUCCCGGGGAUCCGCCAGUAUGUAUGAGGGGAGCAGCAGUGGGCCCAUCAGGUCUGAGGAACAUUUUAAUACCCCUGUGGGAGAAGCAGCACUGCCUUCCGAAGAACCAAAAGAUUCAGACUGUAAAGCCUCAGGCAAUGAUGGAAGUAGUUCAGAUUCCCCUAAAAACAGGAUAACAAGCCAAUUUCGCUCAAAUCUUGAAGAGCGAUACUCAAGACAUGGGUCUCGCCCCGUGUCUCCUGCGUUCAGCGCCUCCUCGCGCAGAUCCAGACUUCAAAAACAGCUGGAGGUCUCCGAACCGGGCAGCAGCACCUCCCGCAGACUAUCCGUUGAUGCUUCGGAGAAGGGCUCCCUCACUCCUGCUAUGCGUAAGAAGUAUUUAAAAGAGUUGUUUCUGAAUAACAAAUCUGGAUUGUCAAGUAUUUUAUCAUCCAAACACAAAUCGUCAAAAGAAGAAGAGGAGGAAGAGGCUGCGAACGGCGACACUGUGAACAGCGGCGCGCUUUGGGCGUUGGAUCCCAUGGAGCACGCGUGGAUGCUCUCUGCUGUGGAUGGGAAUUAUGACACUAUGGUGGAAUUUCUCGCUGAAGAUCCCAGUUUAUUGAGCAGAAAAGACUUUAUUAGUGGUUUUACGGCUCUCCACUGGUUGGCCAAAAAUGGAAAGGACGAGACACUGAUUAAGCUUCUCAGGCAUGCUGAACAAGAGGGGCUGUCAGUGAAUGUGAAUUUGAGAGGCAGUGGAGGUCUGACGCCUCUACAUUUGGCUGCUAUGCAUAACCAGUAUAUGGUUGUGAAGAUUUUGGUUGGUGCAUUCAGUGCUAAUGUAGACGUCAUGGACUACAGUGGGAAAAGGGCAUGGCAGUAUCUUAAAGACAACGCACCAACAGAAAUUAAGGAGCUUCUGGGAGCCUGGGAUGAUGAAUCCUUCAUAUGGGUUUUGAAUGUGAACAACAGUGCAAGUCAAGCACAAACUCGACUUGAAGAACAUACUCAAGAAAAUAGAGUUGAGGUGGACAACUUAGGAGGAUUUGCACGCCAGCGAUUUGCAUCAUUUAAGAGGAUGUUGUACAACGUUGGUCUGCUCGAAAAGGCCUGAGACUUGUUUGUCAGGUCAUUACUGUUAUACACUUGAAAUGUUUUUAUUAGCAACAAGAUUUGUAUGGCAAUAUGGCAAAUAUUUAACCUGAUAACAGUGCCAUGUAUUAUAUGAUGUACUUUAAUAUGUUUAAUAAACUAAAUUGCAAGGAACUUCUCACAAA